GUGGCGUUGAGGGCGCGUGGCUUCAUAGAACCCAGAGAGGCUGUUGUUCGGAAGCUAAAGGAUGAAAAGUGUCGGGUGUCAAACUGGAAUAAAAUCUGAAUUACAUGUUGGGGAAGAAACGAGAACCCUGGAAAAUUACACGAAAGAAGUAGAUUCUUUCCAAAGUGUCAAAGACGGCGAUGCAACUUUACAGUACAUAUCAGCCAAACUCGAAGCGGACGGUGUGGAUCAGAUGUUUUCGACCACUGACUGGGUCUCUGAAGGUGAAACUGAGACAAUAUCAGAUGUCGAGAUCUUCGCACCUUUUGAAUCUAGAGCAUCAGCAGACAACGUUCAGCCAUUCAGGACAGAAAACAGGCGCAAAAAACGACAAAAUACACAUACAAAACCAAAACCCCAUCUGAGAAGUAUCAGAGAUAAAAAGCCCAAGGAAUGGACACAGAGCAGCACCGACAAACAAUAUACCAUACUGAUGAACAUUUUACACCACUGUGAGUUCUUGCGAGUGGCAAUGAAUAGACUUGAGGAGAAGAUCGACACCCUCCAGUCAAAUGUAGCAGCCCAAUCACAGUCACAGAUGCUUGGGGGACUGUCUGAAGGUGUCAUCAACACCACAAAGGAGAUGAGCCCUCGGGAAUCCUCAGCAGAUAGCUGUGUAGGGCAGAGGAAUCACCUGUCCAUCCCUCUUUGUCAGAAUAGCCUCUCUCAGGCCCCCAAAUUCCCCCAGCUGGACCCAGCACCCUGGAGGUCGAAGUCAGGUAGCCCCAAAAUAAGCCCAUCCGUCAGCCAGCAAGGCCCUCAGCCUGCCCCAGCCAGAGGGAGACCCAGAGGGAGACCUCCCAAGAGGAAGUCCCAGGCUAAGGGGCCUGGAAAUGGGAGCCAGGAGACAGUGGAAGAAUGCAGAUGGGUUUGUGGAGAAUGCAGUAUGCAGGAGAAUGGGGAUUGGUUUGUGGAAUUUGGGAAGAGGAUCAAAAUGUCACCGCUGGAAGCGAUGGAGGCUGUUGAAAGCAGGGCCGCUGUGGUUGUCCGGCCCGACACCUCGACUCCAAAAGACGACAAAUUAGUGCUAAUCGGGAGCUCCAUGCGGAAGGUGCACAUCCCUGUCUCAGUCUACAGGAAGGUGUUCAGACAAGCCCUGCCCCAGGCAGCUGUGGGCCUGGUGCUGCCAGCAGUCUUCCCCCAGGCCCUGCUCACCUCUGGCGGGCUCCCAGAGGACCCCGCCCAGGGGGUCAAGAUGCUGGACCCCAAUAAAAUAGAGGCCAUCAGAGAGUGGCUUGCUGAGAUGUUUCCUUGCCAGGACAUGAGGACCGGAGGAGCAGACUGGGCUAAGUGUUUAGGGGUCAUCGACAGGACAGUGAGGGGGGCGUGCGUGCAGAAGGUACAUUGUGACACGAAGACUGGGUGUUAAGUGCAGCUGUGAAAAUGCUGUACUUCCAUGAGUCGCUGCCCUUUCACUUAUAUUAUGUAAUGUUCCAUUUACAAUGCAGUGUUAUCACACUUCACAUUAUUUCAAAGCAGGAGAAAUGACAACUGCGAUUGGGUCAGAUGGACAGCUUUCCAUCUCAUGACACAAGAUUUCUGUUUUAUUUGGGUGUUUAUUGACCAUCUCCUUCCUUAUUCAGGACUUGGCUGUGCUUGUUACUCUGACCGCUCCGAGUAUGGUCACUAGCAGUGUUUGAACCUUGCUAAUGUAAGGGCUAUUGUUCUACAAAAUUAAAUAAGUGUUUAUUCCGUGA